AUGGCCUCGGUACCCUCCGCCGGCUGCCUCCUGGCCAAAAAUCAGUACUACAGAACAAGACAGAACUCGGAAUCCAGUGUUUCUUCCAGCUCCUCCUGCUGUUCAGAUGCUGUGAACACUACAGACCAGGACAAAGCAUUUCAUGGGUUACCUGAGUUAAUUGAUAAAUGCUGGUGGAUAAAAAGCUUUUUCCAUAGUGACCCAUCUCCACCAACUGUUGGCAGGAAAACACUAUCAGCAAGCAG